GGAACCUGCUGCCUGAAGCAGUGGUAUCCGCACCUUCAAUUGACUCUUUCAAGAGAAGACUGGACACUCACAGAAGCAUACUAGAAAAGGAAUAACAUAGGCCGUAGGCCUUCUGUCCUUACUACACAAAUCUGAAUCUGAAUCUGAAAUCUAAUUUUUUUUUACUUUAUUGUUAAAUAUAUCUAGGUUUCUGCCUGGCAGAAUCGGUGGUUCACUACUACUAGAUAUGGAGGCCUAUUAAGUGAAAGCUUCUUCUAUUCCGUCCAGAACUAUUUGAAACCUUCAAUUCACACUCAAACGUACCUCAAUCAACCAAUCACGAGUUGGGACGGAUAUUUCUCCUCGAUUUCAGGGAGGGCAAUUUGGAACCACAGGUUGUGUUUGUUGAAGCCGACAGAUCUGUUCGCGUCUACACAGGCGAUAGACUGAUGGAAGAAUUUCAGGGUGCAUUAAAUAGCUUUCAAAAGGACUGGUUACAGUUGCAAGAAAAGCACUCAUCACUGGUUAUGUCACUGUACAAACUCAAGGAGGAAGAGACAAGUUGUGUCCGUAGUGUUAAACAUUGUCGAAACUAUAUGAAACUUUUGAAGCAUGAAAUUGCAAGUCUUCAAAAGAAUGCUACGGGUGAUGAGAUUACCAUACUUGAAAAAGCCAAAAUCGAUAUUCUUAAGAAAGAGUAUGUUUUACGGGAUAUUGAAGAUGUUUUACCUCGCACACCAGGGUAUGUAGACUCUGUGCGGAUUUAUUUAGAUAGUUUGUAUUUGCGUAUCGUACUUGGAGCUCUUAAUAUAUCGUUUGCUAACAAGGAGGACAAAUUCAGAUACAAGAAUGAUUACGAACGGUUCAAAAUCAUUAUUUCGGGAAUAUGUGCAUUUUUGGCGUUUCUGCUAUACUUUUACGUUCAGAAUAGAAUUGUGGAUACUAUUUUUCAUUUUCUAUUGGUAUGGUACUAUUGCACACUAACUAUUCGCGAACGCAUUCUUAUUGCCAAUGGGUCACGCAUUAAAGGGUGGUGGAAUAUAUCUCAUUUUAUGUCAACAGCCUAUUCUGGUAUUAUGCUUAUCUGGCCUAGAUCUCGUUCGUAUGAUGAAUUUCGUGAUCAGUUCAUGCUUUUUUGCUUAUACCUAAAUCUUGUUCAUUUUAUACAAUUUCAAUAUCAAAUAAGUUGCCUGUAUAAACUUCGUACUUUGGGUUGUCGACAUCCAAUGGAUAUAACUGUUGAUGGUUUCAUGUCAUGGAUGUUUCGUCGAAUUACGUUCGUCCUACCUUUCCUAUUUGUAGUAUACGGUUUUGAACUAUACAUGGCUUAUAAUCUUUACGUCAUAUCCCAACAGAGCUAUUGUCACGAAUGGCAGGUGCCUGCUGUAUCAAUCAUUUAUUUCAUACUAGCAAUGGGCAGUAUUGUGACAGUUUUACAAGUGAUACGUCAAAAGAUUUGUGCACCACCACCUAUUGUACUUCAUGAUCAUUUAACGAAAAAGUAUAGUUUUGCUGUACCAAAUGAAAAAUUUAAGGCUUAUGACGAAUUCGGUGAUAAUGAUGAUACAACGACAGAAAAGGUCAUCACAUAAUUAUCGUGUAUACAUACUUGCUGAAUUGAAUUUUUGUGUAUCAUUUAUUAUGAAAAUAUUUCCCUUCUGUUUUGUAAAGAAAAUAAAAUAGAAUCAUUUAUAGCUGAUCUCUUUUCCAAUAAAAAAGGUGUCUGUGUUGAUUCCUAUAAUUCCUGUAUGUGUUUUUAAUAUAUACUAUUGAAAAUAUAUGAUUUACACAUUUCUGUCAACUCAAUUUCUUCUGUUUGCAUGCUUUUUUUAACUCUGCAACAUUCUCUCCGACGUUAAAAAGCGAAUUAAAGUUACAUUUUUACUAUACCUUUGAAGUUUCGUGUUUUACAGUUGACGUAUACAGAUAUUUUUCUAUUAUGUAUGUAGUGCUGUGUAUAUGACGAUCAUCCUUUCUUUUGCUUCGCAAGCUAAUUUUAUAGUUGGCUAUCAUUAUUGAAGAACAAAUUUCCUUAUCUAUACUCACAAACCAUUUUUAUAUUUGAUCCAGAUAAACAAGACAUUGGACGUUUUAUUACCUUCACUACUUGUUUGUUCAGGUAAAUUAUAAUAUUUUAUUCUCAAAGAUAUCAUACUUCUAUGAAUUUGGUGAUCAUCUUUUUGUGCUAAUGGAGUGAGGCAACUUGGACCGAUGCAUAUAUGUGCCUGGUCCUACGUUGUAGCUGACUGACUCAUACUUAAUGUAUUAUUUAUAUUACAUACGCUUGGAUACUAUGUAUUUUCCUCGUUCUCCUAAUUUAUUGUAUACAUUAUUAUUGUACAUGUUGUUUAGCUUGUAUAUUUCCAAUUAGUGUUUUUUGAAUUCACAUAUUUUGAUAGUAUGAAAAGCCUAGUUUCAAAAUUUUUAAAUGUCAAAGUAUAUUCAUUUCAUUAGUUUAAUGUUGUCUUGAUGAAAAAAGAAUAUAUUCUAUGACCU